AUGGUUGACGAUGGCUUGCUAGUUGAUGGCCUAGUCUGGUUGCCAGACCCGCAACAGACAUUUGUGAAAGGGCAUAUCAUCGAGACAAUAAGUGACGGAAAACAGGUCAAAGUGAGACCUGAGAAUUCACCGGAAACCCCCAUCAUCUUGGAUGUCGACAAGAUUGAGCGUUGCAAUCCUCCACAGUUUGAUAAGUGUGAGGAUAUGGCUUCCAUGACGUAUCUCAGCGAACCUUCAGUUGUGAACAACCUUAUGUUACGCUAUAAAGAGGACUCUAUCUACACCUGUUCCGGUUUGUUUUUAGUUGCAGUCAAUCCCUACAAGGAGUUGGAUAUCUACGAUAAGAGCUAUGUUAGCAUGUAUAAGAAUUUCAAGCCGGACAAGAAUGUUUCAUCCGAGAAAGACCAGAAGCUGACCAGCCGCAAACCGCACAUUUUCGCUAUUAGUGAGGAAGCCUUCCAAAACUUGAUCACGGACGGGAAGGAUCAGAGCAUUCUGGUCACUGGAGAGUCUGGAGCCGGCAAAACAGAGACCACAAAGAAAGUGAUUCAAUACCUUCUCGCCGUUGUUUCCACUGACAACAAUAACUCUACACACUCCAGUUUUGAAAGCCAGAUUUUGGAAGCCAACCCAAUUCUUGAAAGUUUCGGUAAUGCUCAGACCGUGAAAAAUAUCAACUCCUCAAGAUUUGGUAAAUUUAUCAAGAUCCAUAUUCAACACUCUACAAGACGAUUGGUCGGCGCUCAUAUAGACUGGUACCUACUUGAAAAAUCGCGGGUUGUGCUUCAAGACAAAAAAGAAAGAAAUUAUCAUGUAUUUUAUCAAUUCCUCAAAGGUGCGUCUGAGAGCGAACUCAAAAAGCUUAAAUUAAUCCGUUCAUUCCAACAGUAUGGUUACCUCAAGGAUACAAACCAUGCCGUCGCUGGUAUAAAUGAUAAAGAGGAAUACUCUAAACUUCAGAAAGCUUUGGAGGUCAUGAAAUUCAGCAAGGAAGAAAAAGGCCACAUCUUUAAGAUCAUUGCCAUUAUUUUGCACCUAGGAAAUCUCACAUUCAAAAACAGAGGUAAAGACGACAGUCAAGCUCAGUUCAGCGACGACGCUCCCAUUAAUACAGUUUCCGAGCUCCUUGGAGUGUCAGAAAAUGAACUAAGAACCGCUUUGCUAACGUCUAGAGUUAAAGCUGGGAGAGAACUUGUCACUCAGCAACGUACAGCCUCUCAAGCUAAAUUUACCGUCGAUGCGCUUUCGAAGUCAUUAUACGAACGUUUGUUCCAGUUUUUGGCGAAUAAGAUCAACGACAAUUUCAACAGUAACUCUCUGUUAUCAAUAGAGGCACAAAAUUUUGUGGGCAUCCUUGACAUUGCAGGGUUUGAGAUCUUUGACAGAAAUUCCUUUGAGCAACUAUGCAUCAACUAUACCAAUGAAAAGUUACAGCAGUUCUUCAACCACCAUAUGUUUGUCUUGGAGCAAAGCGAAUAUCUGCGGGAAGGUAUCAGUUGGAACUACGUCGACUUUGGUCACGAGCUUAAGCCCACAAUCGAACUUAUUGAAGGUACUUCCUCCAACAAGAUUGGGAUAUUCUCUCUUUUGAACGAGGAGUGCGUUGUUCCUAAAGGGUCAGAUGCCUCUUUCCUUGAAAAGCUGCACCGAGAGCUAGACUCAAAAACGAAUCAGAAUUCUAGGUACAAGCCAAGCAAACUUAGAGAUGCAUUCGUUGUUCAGCAUUAUGCUGGGACGGUUGAGUAUUCUGUGGAUGGCUGGCUUGACAAGAACAAAGACCCGCUUAGUAACACUCUUGUUGAAAUUCUGUCAGGAUCCAAGGAUGCAUUUGUCAAAGGUUUGUUUGAUGCCUCUAUUGAAACUGACCUGACAAAUUCUCCAGUCAAAGGAGGUCAAAGAAGAGGUGGCCGUUUCAGAACUGUCGCCCAAAGGCAUAAGGAACAGCUCAACGACUUGAUGAGCCAACUGUCUGCCACUCAUCCUCACUUUGUGAGGUGCAUUUUGCCCAACACAAACAAAAUGCCAGGAGAGUUCGAUAAAAGGCUUGUUCUCGAGCAACUUAGAUGCAAUGGUGUCUUGGAAGGCAUUCGUAUAGCCAGAUCCGGAUAUCCUAAUAGGAUCGAAUUCGACCAGUUUGCUGAAACUUAUUGGCUUUUGGCCAAAAGUACAGUUUCUUCUAGAAGCUUGAGAAGAAGGAGCAAAGACACCUGUGAAAUUAUUCUCAAAGAUUUGCAUCUGAAUCCUGAUGUUUACAAGAUUGGUACAACUAAGCUGUUCUUCCGUAACGGAGUCCUUGCAAAGCUGGAGAAAGAAAAGACAAGAAGGCUGUCAACAAUAGUUUCUCAGUUAAAUGCCGUUGUCCGAGGAGCGAUACUGAGAAAAAGAACUAAAGCUCAACUAGCAAAGAUGCAAGCAUCUCGUAUUAUAGCAAAAAAUUUCAUCGUGUACAACACCGUCUCUGACAAUCCAUGGUUCAAAAUCGUUUCUCAAUUAAAGCCUCUACUGGCAGAUUCUGAUUCCUCCCAAUCCUUCUUUAAUCAAAAAAUACAGGCACUGGAGAAAAAGAUUAAUGUUCUUAAAGCAGAAAAGGAAAUGGAGACACGAACAAAAGAUAAACUCCUGGAAGACCUCGCGUCAGUAACGGGAGCAAUUGAGGUUGAUAGGAAAUUACUGUCAGAGAAAUCUAAACAUUUGGAAACGUUAAAGAUUAAUCAUCUCAAGCUUGAAAACCAAUUGAAGGACAAAGACGCGAAUUUGCAGUUGCUUCAGGAUAAUUAUAAAGCUUCUCAAAUAACAAUAGAGCAAGAAAAAAGGCGGCUCCUUGAGAGAAUUGACGCUCUUACAGAGGAGUUGGAAGCAAACAGUAAAGAUGCAAACUGCCUUCGGGAGGAAAUCGAGUCUCUGAAAAACUCUUCAAUGGAGAAGGAUGAACGGAUCAAACAACUCGAAGCAGCACUUGAAAAUGCAAACACAGACAUGAGCAAGAAGCUUAAGCAGAAGGUACGUUCGAAACUUACGACUGGACAUAUAAAGUUCUUUCUCCUUUCGUUUUGA